UUGUGUAAUGUGCACGCUCACACCGUCGGAUCCGAACAGAUGGCUGCGUGCCUUUACCUCUGAACGCUUUGAAACUGAUCAACAGGAAACCAGAGCUUCUAUGUCAAGUGCAGCAUCGCUGGUUUAGUUUGAGCACAUUGUUUCAGCGCGUGAGCCCUGGAUGGUAUAUACUUUUAACUGAGAGCCGCUGCUGAGUUCCCAACAGGUGUUCGGGGGGCACGCUGCCCGGAUAGUGAUCAUGUCCAAUGGAAAAGACGCGUGUGCUGCUCAAAACUCUUCAGAAAUGACCCUAAAGGAGUGCCUGGAUGAGUGUAUGGAAGCCUUGGAUCUCUUCCUUAACAACCACUUCAAUGAGAGCCUGGAGAAGCUGCGGCCAAGAAUCCAUGAGAGUAUGUACCAUGCUCUUAUCUACGCCACGGUGCUGGAAAUGCAAGCAAUGAUGACUUUCCAGCAUGAUGACAUCAGCAAUGCAGGAAACACCAUGAAGAGGGCCCAGGAGGUCUGUCAGAGGUUUCGGCGAAAAUCUCCAGGUUUGGCUAACAAGUCCACGGGGGAAUCACUUUCAGAAGCGCAGCUCCAUGCAGAAGUGUGUUUUGCAGAGUGUCAACUCCAAAGAGCUGCUCUCACCUUCUUACAGGAUGAGAGCAUGGUUAGUUUUAUCAAAGGAGGGAUCAAAGUACGAAACAGUUACCUGAUUUACAAAGAUCUACAUUCCUUCAUAAAAUCUCACAACUUUCUCAAAGGACCGAGCCACAUCCAUUUAGAGGGAGGGAUAUCAUUUGGAGUGGGGGCGUUUAACCUGACACUAUCUCUGUUCCCCCCACGGAUACUUAAAGUGUUGGAGUUUGCAGGUUUUUCUGGAGACAAGGAAUAUGGUCUAUCUCUCCUAUGUGAUGGAGCAACAGGGAUGAACUUGCGCUCCAUGCUUUGCGCACUGCUGCUGCUCUGCUACCACACCUUCCUCACAUUCGUACUAGGAACAGGUGAAGGAGAGGUGGCUGAGGCUGAAAGACUGCUGAAACCUUUCCGACUCCGCUACCCAAACGGCGCAAUAUUCCUCUUUUUUGCUGGCAGAAUUGAAGAGAUCAAAGGAAACAUUGAUGAGGCAGUGGCACUCUUUGAAGAUGGCUGCAAGGCUCAACAAACAUGGAAGCAGUUUCACCACAUGUGCUACUGGGAGCUGAUGUGGUGCUUCACCUAUAAGCGUGCAUGGAAGAUGGCGUACUUCUAUGCAGACCUGCUGAGCCAGGAGAGCUGCUGGUCCAAGGCCAUGUAUGUGUACAUGAAAGCUGCUUAUCUCAGCAUGCUGCCUGAGGAUGAGGCCAGGCCUUUCGGGGAGAAUGAGGUUGAACUCUUCAGGCAAGUGCCCACUCUCAAACAGAAGAUAGCAGGGAAGUCUCCUCCAACAGAGAAGUUUGCUAUUCGUAAAGCCAGACGCUACAAGGCCCCCCGCCCAGUCAGGCUGCCAGUACCAGUACUGGAGAUGAUGUACAUGUGGAACGGUUUCAGUAUGAUCAGCAGACAACCAGAGCUGACUGAAGGCAUGAUGCAGACUUUGGUGGAGGCAGAGCGCACUCUGCUGGAAGCCCCUGAAAAUGAGUAUAAAACCGAUGACCGCUGUCUGAUCCACAUGUUGAAGGCUCUUUGUUUCAAGAACCAAGGUCUCCUCCAGGCUGCUGAGGAAUGCUUUAACAAAGUGUGUUCAAGUGAAAAGAAGAUCCGGUUUGACCACUACCUGGUGCCCAACUCUCUGGUGGAGCUCAGUCUGCUUUACAUAGACCAAGGCAGGAGAGAUGAAGCUGUUAAAAUACUGCACAAGGCCAAACACAACUACAAAGAAUACUCGAUGGAAUCUCGUACGCAGUUCAGGAUACAUGCUGCUCUGGCUAAACUCAAGGCUGACCCUGGUGAAGAAGACACCCACAUGUGAGGGAGUUCAUCUUCAUCACUGCAACACGCUCCUCACGGUGGCCUCAGCUUUUAAAACUGCAUAUUUUCAAUGAAUGGAUAUGUCGUUGCCAUGGUGACCAAAGGAUAACAGACUGUAGAUACAGUGGAUAUUUUAUAAUAUAAAUGAAUAUUUAAAAUGUAAAUGUUUUUACACUGAGCACCAAAUCUUAACUGAAGGCACAAAAUUAAAUGUAAUUAAGAUUUGUAAGAAAUGUCAUAAGUUUACUGAGCUCUGAUUGUUGCAUAAAAUUAAAAUUUUGAGAGAAAAUCAUUUAAAUAGUUGGUGUAAGAAGGUUUAUGCCCCACGGCUAUGCAUUGUGAGUAACUAGUGUCCCAUUUUAGGGUAGGUGUGUAAACUAUGUUAGCUUGCUACAGCCAAGGAAGUGAAUCUUGGUAUCUGAAUGAAUCAAAGUUAAACAGUGAGAAAUGUUGCAAUCAAUCAUGUGAAUUUUCUGAAAACUUGACCAUGUAAAAAAAUAUUUUUGCAUGAAUAAAUUGCUUUUAAAAGUGC